AUGGCUGGAGACGCCGCUUUCAGCUUUCUGCCGUUGGGUGCCAUCAUCCAGGCCUUCAACGUCAAAGGCAUCAACAUUGUACAGGGCUUCCCCACACAGGAGCUUUACGAAAAGCACAACAGCCCAUAUUUCGGAGAAACCAUUGGUCGUGUGGCCAACAGAAUCAAAGGCGCCCAGCUAGACAGUGUCAACGGCAAGACAUACCCUCUGGCCGCCAACAACAGCGGCAACACACUCCAUGGCGGCAACGUCGGCUGGGGCAAAAAAGUCUGGAAGGGUCCGACCCCAGUAGGCGUGCGCCAAAUCCCCGGCGUCGACGGCUUACAAGGUGGCGAGAGCGUCCAGUUCACGCUCAGAAGCGAGGACGGGGACGAAGGCUUCCCCGGUGCUCUUGACAUCAAGGUCAUCUACACGGCGGGUAAGCAGCAGAUUGAUGGCAAAGAGGCGACGAUUUUGGGUAUUGAGUACGAGGCGCAGCUUGUUGGAGGCGCCGACGAGACUGUGAUCAACAUGACGAACCACUCGUACUUUAAUCUCGGCGGCGACGAAACCAUUGAUGGUACCCAGGUCAGUCUUGGUGUCAGCCAGUACCUGCCCGUCGAUGGCACCAGCGUGCCCACAGGCGGGCCCUCCGCCUUUCCCGGCGUCGAGGCCGGCAAGACGAUUGAUCUCGGCGUGAAGGAGCCCGCCUUUGACAACUGCUUCACGACAACGGCAGACCCGGCGUCUGUGCCCAUUGACACGCGCAGGCAGCCGCUGCAGCUGCACCUAACGGCGUCGCACCCCAAGACGGGCAUCCAUCUGCAGGUUCUCAGCACUGAGCCGUCCUUUCAGUUCUACACAGGCGACUUCACUGACGUACCCGCCGUCGAGGGCGCUCCAGCGCGCGGUGCUCGGUCGGCGUUUUGCUGUGAGCCUGGCCGCUGGGUGAAUGCAGCCAACGUGCCGGAAUGGAAGAACAUGACGCUGCUCAAGAAGGGCGAGACAUAUGGCGCGCGUAUUGUGUACAAGGCCUGGGCAUAA